AUGGUGCAAGUCGACGAGAAGGCUGUGAUGCAGCCGCAGGGCGACGUGGAAGGACGAUAUAGUCACCAAGAGAUCGUGCAAGUGGGCAUGAAUCGUGGCGACAUCCCACAGACGGAAAAGGACAUUCCGAUGACCUUUCGGCGCUUUAUGGGCUUUGUGGCCAUGGCUUUCCUGUGGACGGGGAGUCAAAUUCCAGUUUACCUGUUUGGUGGCAUUCCCCCGUAUAUCUACAGGUCCAUUGGCGGGGCAGACCGCUGGGUCUGGCUUGUCCUUGCAAAUCUGCUUGGCCUGGCUGGUGUGUGCCCAUUUGUUGGCUCUCUAUCCGACUUAAUUGGGCGCCGCUAUGUCGCCAUCAUCGGCGCCUCUCUCACCUGCCUCGGGAUGAUAGUCAGCAGUACAGCGAACACCAUGAACAUCUUCAUUGCGGGCAUGGCAAUCGCGGGCGCCGGUGCCGGCAUCAACGAACUGACAGCGUUAGCGGCCACCUCCGAAAUGGCCCCGACUCGGAAACGAGGUGCCUAUGUCGCCGUCCUAAUUUUCACCAUCUUGCCAUUUUGCCCCUCGGUACUAUGGGCCCAGCUUAUCGCAUACCAUAGCAGUUGGCGCUAUGUUGGGGCGUUCUGUGGAGCGUGGAGCGGCUUUGGCCUGUUGAUUACGGUUCUGUUUUACACCCCUCCGCCUCGAGUCAACUCGACCGGGUUGAGCAGGAAAGAGAUUAUCGGUAGAAUUGAUUUCGUGGGUGGGUUCCUGAGCAUCACUGGCCUGAUUGUGUUCUUGGCUGGCAUGCAAUGGGGUGGGUAUAUGUAUCCCUGGACUUCGGCCCAUGUACUGGCUCCGUUGAUUGUCGGGUUCUUCUUGUUGGUUGCUUUUGCGUUCUGGGAAAUAUAUGGAGCCAAGUACCCUAUUUUCCCGACGCGGCUCAAGCAGGAGCCUCGAACACUCGGCCUCACCCUCGUCAUCACCUUUAUCUCUGGUGCCAAUUUCUUUUCUGUGAUCAUGUUCUGGCCCACGGAGUCGUUCAAUGUGUAUGGUCAUGAUCCCGUGGACGUCGGCGUUCGCAGCAUGCCAAUCGGGUUUGGCAUCUUGGGUGGGGCAUGCAUUGUUCUGUGGAUGCUGAGUGUCCUCCGAGGUCAUAACAAGGAGCUUCUGAUUAUCAGCAGUGUGCUUAUGACGGCCGGUUGUGGGGCAAUGUCCAUUGGACGUACAGACAAUCUAUAUCAACUGUGGGGAAUUCUUAUUCUAGCCGGUCUGGGCGUCGGCGGCAUUGUGGUGCCGGCAUCGAUCAUCACGACAAUCAUCUGUCCCGACGACCUCAUCGCCACAAUCUCUGCUCUCACACUUUCCAUCCGAGUCGUCGGCGGCAGCAUCGGGUACACCAUUUACUACAAUGUGUUUAUCUCCAAGUUUGUGCCAGCCGCAACACACUAUGUUGGCGGUGUGAUGAUGACCCAACUCAACAUCACCGAUGUCAAGUAUAUCACUGAGGCUAUCGAGCUCACUGGCGCCUCGCUGCUGGAAGAGAUCCAUCACAUUCCUGGCAUUUCUGGCGACGAGACUGCGUACCAAAUGGUUGUGCAGGCGGGCCAGAUCGCGUACGCCGAGUCGUACAAGUGGGUGUACUAUGUCAGCAUUGCGUUUGGUGUGGUUUCUAUUCUGGCGGCGUGUUUCUUGGGUAAUAUUCAGAAGUACAUGACUGACCAUGUUGCUGUGGUCAUGUAA